AACGUCGAAGCUUAUACACUCGUUCCUCAAGAAUAUCUGCGAUUUCUACGACUCAGCGAAUGAUUCACAGUCGACCAUUUGCCGCUCGAUAUAUUUAUUCUAUCCCACGUCAUUUCGCCACGCUGCGCAAAAAAAAAGAAAGAUGCUUGAAAUUUUCCAGGGUGGAAAAGACGGCAAGUGCUCACUGCGGACUGUCUGUCGUAAGCUUUCGGAUGAGACGUGCGAUCGCGAGAAACCUCUAGAUGGGAGGCUGCGGAACAGGUGUCUCGGCGGCGGUAUCGUAAAUCGUCGACGGUAUCGUCGUCGAACGGCCAAAAAUAAAGUCACGAGUUCCGAGCGCAUCGGGCGGGCGCGAGGGCAUCCUCAACCACUGACGCAAUUCGGCUGCGGAUCAUCCAUUAACGUAACCGGCACCAAUAGGCACCUCGUGGCUUUCUACGCGCUUUAUCCGGCGGCGCAUCCUACAGGUGCCCAAAGGUAUUCCGUCCGUCCGCCCACCAGCGCGACUCGCGUAUUUUCGGCGCUCUUGGAGCGCUCCCAGAUGCGGAGGAGGAGGAGAUCAGCGCGCGACGUCGCCGGGAACGAUAGCGAGGAAGGGAAUUCUUCGCGGAUAAAUCGCGACCGCGGUCACGUGCGGGUCCACCGAAAGAAUACUCGCGGCGACGCGAAGGAACGAGACUCGAUUAAACCACGGCGCCGGAGCGUAGAAUCGACGAGGUCUGAACGGUCUCGACGACAGUCUGCAGAACGACCGCGUGGUCAAGAGAUCACUCGCGGCCGCGAAGGUGUCUAAGACCAAAAGGAGGAAGGAAAUCUAAUUAUAGAAGUCGUUGUACCGCGUGCUCGGCGGAGAACCAUGGAGGGUGUGAGUGCGGGUGCACGAAUAAGAAUCGGUUGUGCAUUGGGCGGCCAUAAAAUGCAGUCUGCAUCCGCUCGACGCAGAUGUACCGCGGAACGGGGUUCGUUCCUCCUACGAGGAGUCCGCAAAGGAUCUCUCGUUUCGGCGUUGGGCGACCUACCGAGAUAUGUGCCCGGUACAAUGAACUAGAAUGAAGAUCCGCGAGACGCGAUUAAUCGAACCGCGCGCGAGAGACUCACGGCUUCUCUCUUUGAGCCCUCCGGACAUCCUCCUGAUAUCGCCCGGAUGAUUAAAGUCCGGAUUUGAGUACAUUGCAUCCGCUGCAAUCUCCGCGCACACGCACAUUUGCUUUACUUUAUUUAUAUCGGGAUUAUCCCAGUGAGAAAUGAUUCGUCGAUCGAUGUCGGAGACAUCGAAACCGUCAAAUUGACAUCGAUUCGACGAGCCAUUUUUCGCUGGGACAAAUGUGUGAAAGAAGCGCGAUAGUUUACGAACAAAUGAUUCCUAAAGAGAGACGGUAUCUCUGUGUGUACAUGAAUAAUUAUUUAUCUAAACGCUCAGUAUCAAUUUAUUCGCGAUAGCGUAAGAUAACGAGGGUGCUUGAGUUAUCUUAAAACAAAUCGAACACUUGAAAUGGGUAUCGAGGACGAUAUUUUCAAGAGUCGAUUCUUCAAUCAUAAAAGUAAUGAAAAUGAAUUCAGCAUAUUAAGUAUCGCACGCUCGAUAAUCGUCAAGAUUAUUAUCAUCGGUUCUCAACUUCAUUGAGAACUAUUCCAGCACGUUAUCUUGUACAUGGGCAUGACUUUGUUCAUUACGCCAUUCAUUCAUUCGGGAGCCAUGUGGUUCAUUGCUAACCCGUGCGGCACUUCCUGUCUCGUACAGUGAUAAAAAAAAGAGAUUCUAGCACUUCGCGCCGAGUUUCACAUUAGAAAAAAAUCACGAGGACAGUUCAAAAUAAUAAAAUAUGCAAGCGUGCGUAUAAAAUGUAACAAAAAAAAAUGAUUUCUUCUACAUUUUGCGUCUGUGCUUUGCUCAAAUUAAUUUAAGAGUCAAUCAAGGAUAGUCUUGAUAAUCAUUUCUUUAUAUUUAGCCGCGAUACCCAAAAUGACGCGAAGAAAAUUUGUCGUACAAAGUUGUAUAUCCCCCUCUCCCCCGCAAAGAGAUGGAAUCCUCACUCUUUUUCGUAGCUACCAUUAGUCUCCUUUCAAUUUCGCUAAUAUAAGCUCUCGCCAAUCAUUCCUGGAGCAAGGUCCGAUCGCGCCGUAUACGUCGACGGGUCCCAGCUGCUAGAUCUCGCGCGUGAUCAACUCGUGCCGGGCAGGCUGCGAUUAUUAUUGUUUCCCUUUUUUCUCUGCUCUCCCUCUCUCUCUCUCUCUCUUUCUUCAUAAUUCCCUAUCUCUCUCACUUCCGAAGUAACCGAGUGUGUGCCCGUGACGUGGCCAUGUAAGGGCUAGGCGGGGGUGCCAUGCCGGGAGCCGCUAAUUUUAGAUCGACUCCCGUGCUUCCAGGAGUCGACUCGGCGAAUCGGCAGCUGGUGAUUCGACGAGCCGCUGCCUCGCGCGCGUGCACGUGGGUCCGGUGUACAAUGCGUGUCGCGCAACGUCCACCGGUCACACCCCCUUCUCCCCCUCCCUCCUCGCUCUCUCGUCUCGGAGAAGGCCGACGUGUCCGAUCGUCCCGGUCCAGAUGUAUCUCGCGAUCCCUCCCCCUCCGGGACAUGCGGCCGCAAUCGAUCAAGAAAGUCUUCUCGCUGCAGCGUCGUCAAGAAAUUGCCUUGGGUACCGAAUUUCAAUGGUUCCUGUAAAUUCAAAUCAGCGGAACGCAAUGUCAGCGGGGAGAACCGGAAAUGGAACGGAGACUUUGAAAAGCGUCAGAGAGCUCACCGCGGGAUGGAAGCGCACCCGAGACGCAUCCUUUCGCUUCCGACGUGAAAAGGGGAAAUGAAGGCGCGCACGCGAGCGUUCCUUUGAGCGCGAACCGAGACGGCAGGGGGUAAACGGGAGAGAUCUGGUGGCGGCUGGUGCAGCGGAUGUUUGAAGCCGCUGAAGAAGGCGGUGGUUCCUGUCGUGGCUUCCCUCGCGCCUCGUCUCGGCCGCCGCCUCUCGCGGGGUCCCUCGCGAUCCUCCUCCCCGUCUCGGUCAGCGGAGGAGGCACACAUUUCGGCGGAUGUGAUGUUUAGGACAAGAACCACCCCGCGACUGACAAAAAGCCUAGCACCGUAUAAAUAGGCGGUGGUUGUUGCCACCGCGGUCGGCGGUCGUAAACUGAUAUCUCGCGCUUUGACCCACAUAACUCGGAUUGAUUGUUUGUGAAACGAUGACGAGCGCUCGGUCUUUUUCCCCUUUGAAGAAUGGCUCCCUCGACGGAAGUAAAGAGAAUCGUGUCCCGGAUUCGUUAAACUUCACUUGCAAUUAGUCGAAUCGACAGCGUGAUCUCUCGUUAAUACUUAUGUAUCCAGAUAGCUGUUUGAAUUCUUGAGUUAUGAAAUUAUAAUUCUUUCUCCAUCCCAUUUCUACGAGUUCAACAAUUCGUUUUUAUGUCACAAAUUCUGAGAUUCUGAGAUAUCCUUUGUAUCCAGAACAAUUUUAUUUUACUGUCACGAGAAGUCGAAAGGUAUUCUUUCAUCCUCUUUGACCCACCGGAAGAGAAUUCUUUUGAACAAAUACGUUAAUUCGUAAAGAAUUUUAAGCAGUAAAUUCAUAACGAACACCUGUACCUUUUGGUUACAUGUUACAAUCGUUAAAUUAAAAAACAUUGAACCUAAUUAUGACACACACGCCCACGUCAAAAGCUUUCAAGAUAUUGAAAGGCACGUAAAAUGCCAGAAUUUUUUAAUUCCUUUGAAUGCGCAAGGAGAGAAAUUAAUUCAUUGUUAAAAACAUAGUCACGUGUUCGGAUUUCGAUAUGCCCGACACGUGGCCCGCCCCGUCUCUUCUGGCUCCUGCUGAGAUAUCGAGAGACCUCCCGGUGUCGUCCGGCCCGCAUGUGCACAAGCGAGGGUCCUCCCUGGUUUUCGAAUUGUUUCAUCCGUUCGUUGGUCUUAUUAUCCAAAGCUGAGAAUGCGUAAAAGAAGGAUCGGGCCCAGGGACCAACGCAGGGCUUGCACCACCUCGGUGUCCUCCGCGGGAUUGUAGAUUCUUUUUGUGGUCGCUUACGUGCAUCAACUUCGUGGGAGAGGAUAAGUCACAUCAAAUCACACUUAUUGACACCUAUCUUGAUUCGAUGCUGGCAGAGUGACGGUAUUGUAUCUAAAAAUAAAAAU